AUGGGGGAUCUGCCAAAACCCACUUCUAGCGCCGCCAAGUCGGACGACCAGGAGACUCCGACCAUAUCUUCCCAUCCGCCGCCGACGCCACCACGCCCUUCCGUCUCCCUCGUCCAGCCAUCCCAGAAAAAGCGACACAAACCCACGAAGGUGUUCCGCGUAUUCCGGUCGGUGUUCCGAUCCCUGCCGAUCAUAACGCCGGUAUGCAAGUUGCCGGCGCUGCCAGGGGGGCUGCCGGAUAGCCACCGGCAUGGGUCGGGGAACCGCGUGACGGGGACGCUGUACGGGUACCGGAAAGGGAGGGUGAGCCUGUCGGUGCAGGAGAACCCUAGGACGCUGCCGACGACGGUGGUGGAACUGGCGUUGCAGACGAACGUGCUGCAGAAGGAGAUGAGCAUGGGGAUGGUGAGGAUAGCGCUGGAGUGCGAGAAGCGGGGGGAGAAGGACAAGACGAAGCUGAUGGAGGAGCCGGUGUGGACGAUGUUCUGCAACGGAAAGAAGGGGGGGUACGGGGUGAGGAGGGAGGCGGCGGAGGAGGACUUGAACGUGAUGGAGCUUCUGCGGGCGGUGUCGAUGGGGGCCGGCGUUCUGCCGGGGAACUCCGAGACGGAGGGGCCGGACGGGGAGCUGGCCUACAUGCGAGCCCACUUCGAGCGGGUGGUAGGGUCCAGGGAUUCGGAGACGCUGUACAUGCUGAGCCCGGAGGGGAAUAAUGGGCCGGAGUUGAGUAUUUUCUUCGUCAGGAUUUGA